AUGCAUUCGUUUGAGAAUGCCGAUUCAGAAAAGAAAGCUGCCAUCUUGCAGCCCUCGAGCGGCGAGGAAGAUGGUCAACCGCCGGUGGCUCUCGGGACAGUCACGGAACUUCACGACCUGACCGUCCUAGGCUAUAAACCCGAGCUUCGCCGCAACCGGUCCAUGUUUACAUUGCUCUUCCAGUCAUUAGCCAUUGCAGCGAUUCCGUACGGCUUCGGCGGACCCCUCAUAUCUGCCAUCUAUGGCGGUGGUCAACUCCCAAUGUUCCUCGGAUGGGUGGUCGUUCUAAUCGUCGAUGAAUGCGUGGCUUUAUCCCUCGGAGAAUUCGCGUCCAAAUACCCAACGUCUGCUGGGCCUUACUACUGGUCUUUCCAGCUGGCAAGUCCUAGUGUGCGAACGGUCUUGUCGUUCAUUACCGGAUGGACUUGGCUCAUUGGAAACUGGACGAUCACGCUGAGCGUCAACUUCGGGUUCGCCUCUUUAAUCGCUGCGACCGUCGCGCUUUACCAUCCAGACUGGACGCCAGAGUCAUGGCAGCUGCUUCUGAUAUUCUACGCCAUCUGCUUGAUCACAUUUGCCAUUGUUGCUUACGGGAAUAAACUGCUCCCCAUGGUCGACACCAUUUGUGCCGCGUUUACAGCACUCAGCAUCCUGAUCACCUUGAUCUGCCUGUCAGCAAAGGCCUCAGUCGGUAGGCACUCAGCGAGAGACACCUUGGGGUAUUAUGAUACAUCUCUCUCCGGCUGGGGAGGAUUUUCAUUCUUCAUCGGCAUGCUGCCCGCGGCAUACACAUUCUCGGCUAUCGGCAUGAUCACAUCAAUGGCGGAAGAAUGCGGCGACCCCACGACAAAGCUGCCAAAGGCCAUCUCGCUCUGCGUUCCCGUCGGGGGGAUCGCCGGCCUCUUCUUCAUUAUCCCUAUUUGCGCGACUCUGCCGCCGUUGGAAGACAUCCUGGGUGCACCGGUUGGGCAGGCACUGCCGUACAUUUUUGGAGUGGUCAUGGACUCGCCCGGCGGCGGGCUUGGCCUCACGUUCCUCGUCCUGGUGAUCACGCUGUUCUGUUCCAUUUCCAUUACGGUAGCUGCAUCCCGAUGCACGUGGGCAUUCGCGCGCGACAAGGCUCUGCCAUUGUCACGGCUUUGGUCUCAGGUUGAUACUCGGCACGGCACGCCCAUUUGGGCUCUGGUACUGACCACAAUUGUACAAAUGCUGCUCGGACUAAUCAAUCUCGGAUCAUCGUCUGCUUUCUUGGCCUUUGUCUCGGUUGGAGUCAUCUCCUUGGCCGUGUCGUAUGGGAUUCCUAUCUCUAUCUCACUCUUCCACCGCCGCAGAGAUGUCAAUGGCGCACGGUGGACCAUGGGAAGCACUGUCGGCUGGGUCGUCAAUAUCAUCGCCCUUCUGUGGAUUGCUUUUGAGAUGAUUCUGUUUUCAAUGCCAACUGUGCUUCCGGUCACGGAAGCGUCAAUGAACUACGCGAUUGUGGUUUUCUUUGGCUUUAUGGCCAUCAGUGCGGCAUGGUAUGCAGUUCAUGCCCGGAAAGUGUAUAAGGGACCGCCAGAGUCAGAUGGAUUGGUCGUGGCUCCUUAA